AUGCCUCGACUUCCAAUUAUUGUUGAUGGUGAUUGUGAUUCACGAUUUGAUAAAGUGAAACAAGUUUUCCACAAUAAUUUUACUCAACGAUGGGAAAGUGAGGGAGCAGCAUUUGUUGUGUAUUUCCAAGGCGAUAAAGUAAUCGACCUUUGGGGUGGAUAUGCAGAUUCAGCAUCACAUCGUAAAUGGAAAAGUGAUACGAUGACAUUGCUAUUUAGCUGUACUAAGAGUAUUUGUGGGAUAUGCUUUGCAAUGUUAGUUGAUCAAGGUCACGUUACUUAUGGAGAUUUAGUAACUAAGUACUGGCCUGAAUUUGGACAAAACGGUAAAGAGAAUAUCACUAUCGAGAUGUUGCUCUCCCAUCAGGGUGGACUGGCUUUUGUUGAUGGCGUUAUCGAGGAAGCAGAUAUCAAGGACUGGAAACGGAUGUCAGCAAUUUUCGAAAACCAAAAACCAAAUUGGAGUCCGGGAGAAAUGGUUGGUUAUCAUGCCAUGACCUUUGGCUGGCUAGUGGAUCAGCUGGUUCGAAGGAUUGACCCUAAAAAACGUUCUUUAUCACAGUUCUUUAAGGAGGAAGUUACUCAGUUCCACGAUAUUGAGCUAAUUAUUGGAGCACCUGCUGAAUUGGAAUACAGGAUUGCGCGUCUCGCAACGACACCAAAAAUUUUAGCUGCUCGAGAAAUUAUUGAAUAUCCUGGUUUGCUGAAACUUUUUUGGAAUGCUGUCUAUACACCAAAUGUAUUUGGCAGUCGUAUGUUUCGCAGUGUGCAACAGAAUUUUGAAUGGAUGGGAAGCAACGCAACUAUGUUCAACAAUCCAGAUAUUCGAUCUCUGGACAUACCAUCUGCAAGUGGAAUAGGUACCGCUCGAGCUCUGGCUAAGCUUCAUGCAUUGGUUCUUGAAGAAAAACUCAUGAAAAUGGAAACGCUUGAAGAAUUGUUUCGCAGUCCUAUCAUUUUAAAUAAAACGGAUUCAGUUUUAUCAAUGAAUGUUUCUUACGGCAAAGGAUUCUUUUACACAAAAAAUAUUGAGGACCAAUGGCUAGUAGGACAUCCAGGAUUGGGUGGACAAAAUGUUAAAAUGGAUUUAACUAACAAAGUAGCAUUUGCGUAUCUUUGCAAUGGCUUAAAAGUAGGAAAUGGUGAUUUAACAGUGACAUUUAUGCGGUUACAAAAUGCUCUUUAUGAAUGUCUUCGCGAAAAUAACUUGUUGAAAGAAAUUAAUGAACGAAAAACAGAAAAAACUGAUUCCGUUGAAAGUUAG